UGUUUCACAAAAUGUCUCCUAAUGAGACUCUGUUCUUGGAAAGUACCAAUAAGAUCUACAAAGACGAUAUUUCAAACAGUUCAUUUGUGAAUUUCCAAAUAUGGGAUUUUCCUGGACAGAUGGACUUUUUUGAUCCUACAUUUGAUUAUGAGAUGAUCUUCAGAGGAACAGGUGCUCUAAUAUAUGUUAUUGAUGCCCAGGAUGACUACAUGGAAGCUUUAACAAGACUCCACAUUACAGUUUCAAAAGCCUACAAGGUCAACCCAGAAAUGAACUUUGAAGUUUUUAUUCAUAAAGUUGAUGGUUUAUCAGAUGACCAUAAAAUAGAAACUCAGAGGGAUAUUCAUCAGAGAGCUAAUGAUGACCUCACGGAUGCUGGGCUUGAAAAACUUCACCUUAGCUUUUAUUUGACCAGUAUCUAUGACCAUUCAAUAUUUGAAGCCUUCAGUAAAGUGGUACAGAAGCUCAUUCCCCAACUGCCAACGCUGGAAAAUCUACUAAAUAUCUUUAUAUCAAAUUCAGGCAUUGAAAAAGCUUUUCUCUUCGAUGUAGUCAGCAAAAUCUACAUUGCAACAGACAGUUCCCCUGUGGACAUGCAGUCCUACGAGUUGUGCUGUGACAUGAUUGAUGUAGUGAUAGAUGUUUCCUGUAUAUAUGGGUUAAAGGAAGAUGGCACUGGAAGUGCUUAUGAUAAAGAGUCAAUGGCAAUUAUCAAGCUCAAUAACACAACGGUCCUGUACUUAAAGGAGGUAACAAAGUUUUUGGCAUUAGUUUGCAUUCUUAGAGAAGAGAGUUUUGAGCGCAAAGGUCUGAUUGACUACAAUUUUCACUGCUUCCGCAAAGCCAUUCAUGAAGUCUUUGAAGUGGGUGUUGCUUCCCACAGAAUCUGCAACCAUCAAUCAAGCACCUCAAAUAUGAAAGCAGUGACUCACAAUGGCACACCUAGGAAUGCAGUCUAGAGGAAAACUAAAGAUGUUGGAUAAACUUGUCAGCUCUUCACUCCAAAGUUUUGUGGAACAAGAGAAGAGUAGUCUGAAAGCCUGAAGUAUGUUUUGCAGGAGAAGAGUGGCGCUAACUGUGGAACAGCAGCUUGUAACUCAUGUCGGACAACUGAAACUACUGUAAAAACACUUCGAGGCCAGUGGAGUUAGAAGUGCCGUUUUGAAACCAGCUUUA